AUGAGGAAGCGCGUGGAUCCGCGUGUGCGCACGCUGGUUGAGAACUGCAUCCAGCUGGGCCAUCGCUCGUUCUUCGUACUCAUCGGCGACCGCGGCUCGGAGCAAGUGAUCAACUUGCACUACCUGCUGCAUCGCUACUUCCCGGCGCAGAAGCCGUCAGUUCUCUGGUGCUAUAAGAAGGACCUGGGCUUCUCUUCGCACCGACGCAAGCGCGCGAAGCAAGUGAAGAAGAAGAUCCAGCGCGGGCUCUACGACCCAAAUAUUGAUGACCCUUUCGAGCUCUUCAUGUCCUCUACUAACAUCCGCUUCUGUUACUACAAAGACACGCACAACAUCCUCGGCACCACCUUCGGCAUGUGUAUUCUGCAGGAUUUCGAGGCGCUGACCCCCAACAUCCUCUGCCGCACUGUCGAGACCGUGCAGGGCGGCGGAAUCAUCUGCCUCCUCCUCCGGUCCUUCGCCACCCUCCAACAGCUCUACGACCUGAGCAUGGACAUCCACGCUCGGUUCAAGACUGAGCGGUUCGCGCAGGUGAAGCCGCGCUUCAACGAGCGCUUCAUUCUGUCGCUGGCGCGGUGUCGCAAUUGCCUCAUCGUGGACGACGAGUUGAACGUGUUACCGCUCACGGCCUUCUCGCAAAACCUCGUCUCGCUCAAGGCGGUUCCGGAGGGCGCGGCGAAGGGACAGGCCGCAGCGGCCGGGGAAGAAGGGAGCGAGGAGGCGUUUUCGCCCGAGGCACUUCUGGCGGAGAAGAAGAGGAUGAAGGAGGAGCUGGACGGCAUCAAGCGCGACUUUAAGGAGACGCCGCCCGUCGGCGCGCUGGUGGAGCUCUGCGUGACGGCCGAUCAGGCGAAGACUGUGCUCGCUUUCCUCGACUGCCUCGCGACGCAGAACAGCGCCAAGCGCGCGCAGACGCCGGCGUCGGCGAGCGCGGCCUUCGGCGCGCUGCAGUCGCACCAGACCUUUGCGCUCACAGCGGCCCGCGGACGCGGCAAAAGCGCCGCCCUCGGCAUCGCCGUCGCGGCCGCGGUCGCCUACGAUUACUCAAGCAUCUUCGUUUCCGCGCCCUCCGCCGAGAACGUGAAGACUCUCUUCGAGUUCGUCGUCAAGGGCUUGGUCGCGCUCGGUCUGAAGGAGCACAGCGACUUCGACGUCUUCCGCGAGGAACCCUCCGCGGCCUCGCCCCACUCCGCGUACAGCAGCGGCCUCGCGUCUUCUUCGCCGGCGGAGGUGGCGACCGCGCGCGGCGCGAACCGGCCUGUGACGCGAAUCGAAGUCCGCCGCCACCACAAGCAGAGCGUCGUCUUCAUCACCCCCGACAAACGCGAAAGCCUCGCGCAGGCCGAGCUCCUCGUGAUUGAUGAAGCAGCUUCCAUUCCCCUCCCCGCCGUCAAGGCGCUGUUCGGCCCGUACGUCGUCCUGCUGUCUUCUACUGUUCACGGCUACGAGGGCACGGGGCGCGCGCUCUCUCUGAAGCUGAUUCAAGACUUGAAGCAGAACAAGUUGGGCAGCUCGAAGAGCUUUGGCUCGCGGUCGCUGAAGCAUCUCUCGCUCUCCACGCCGAUCCGCUACUCCGCCGGCGACGGCGUUGAGGCCUGGCUGCAUGACCUCCUCUGCCUCGGCGCCACUGAGCCGCUCAAACUUUCUGACGCGCCGCUGCCGCCGGCUUCGAAGUGCGACUUGUAUCUGGUCAACCGCGACGCGCUCUUUUCGUACCACGAGGCCUCUGAGGCGUUUCUGCAGAACUUGCUUUCUCUCUUUGUCUCCUCGCACUAUAAAAACAGCCCGAACGACUUGAUGCUGAUGGCUGACGCUCCCGCGCACCUUCUCUUUGCGCUCCUACCGCCUGUCGACGAGCACACCGCGACCGUGCCGGAUAUCUACUGCGCCAUCCAGGUGUCCAUCGAGGGUAGUCUGUCGAAGCAGGCGAUUCAGCAGGCGCUGGGACGUGGCCUGCGACCCUCGGGAGACCUCAUUCCGUGGACGCUCGCGCAGCAGUUUGUCGGCGAAGACUUUGGCGCUCUGACUGGCGCUCGCGUCGUGCGCAUCGCGUGCCACCCCUCACUGCAGCGGCUAGGCUACGGCAGCGCAGCGCUUCAGCAGCUCAUCGACUUUUUCGAGAUGAAGGGCGUCGCGCUCAGCGAGGCGACACCGUCCCUCGCGCCGUCGCUCACCGCAGUCUCGACCGCGGAUGAGAAGGAGGAAGAAGAUGACGAAAACGGUGAGGACGAAGACGAGAAUGACGAUGAAGAGGCGGAUGAGGAGGAAGCGUCUGAAGAGGAGGGCAAGCGCAGCGGGACGCCGAAGGAGGGGGAGAAGCGCGCUGAGGCGGCCGAGGGGCGGGCGCGUCCCUUCGCCGCCUCAAAGGUGCUCACGAUGAAGACCUUCCGCCCGCGCCCGGCGCCUCCGCUCCUCUCGCCCUGUCGCUCCACGCAUCCGGACUUCACGGUCGACUACCUCGGCGUCGCGUUUGGGCUCUCGGCGUCGCUGCUGCGCUUCUGGACUCGAAAGAACUUCGUCCCGGUCUACCUGCGUCAGAGCGUGACUGACGUGACUGGCGAGUUUAGCUGCAUCCUCCUCAGACCUGCGAACGCCGACCGGCGCCUCACCCCGCUUCGCGACUCCCUCCAGGGCGAAGACGAACGCGUCCGCAAGCGCAAUCAGUGGCAAGGCAUCGAUACUAGCCGCGAGCCAAACGAGCUGGUCGGCGGCCAAGACGGCGCGUGGCUCUCGGGGUUCGCGUGGGACUUCCGCGCGCGUUUUCUGCAGCUUCUGGGGGGAGCUUUCCGGCGGCUGCCGGCGUCGCUCGCGCUCUGUCUGGUCACGUGCGCGUCGGGCUCCCGCGAAAAAGAUAACCGAAACGGCGGCGACGGCUCCGAAGCCGCGGCUGAAGGCCCCUUCCCGCCGAUUUCCAUGGCGAACAUCGCAAACUUCUUCUCAGUCCACGACCUCUCGAGGCUGCGCAAGUACGCGCAGCAGCUGGCUGACUUGCCGCUUAUCUUGGAUCUGCUUCCCACGCUGGCGAAUCUCUACUUCAACGCGCGCGUGCCUUCGCUCUCGGCCUCCGCGGUCGCUCUCUCUCAUCUGCAACAAGUGAUUCUUCUCGCUGUCGGCCUGCAGCGGAAAACGCCCGACGACGUUUCGGGCGAGUUUAACAUUCCGCCGAAUCAGACGCUGGCGCUGCUCAACAAAACAAUCCACAAAUUCGUCUCCUUCUUCCAGAAAAUGCAAGAGGCGCAAGUUGAAGCAGAAGUUGACUCUCAGUGGAACAAGGGGUCCGCGUCCCGGCGGCUGGUUGUUGAGGGCGGCAAACCUCUCCUGGGCGAGCUGCCGUCGCAGAGCUUUAGCGAGGAGCUGGCAGAGGGCGCCAAGCAGGUCAAAAAGCAGCAAAAGAUUGAAUUGAAAAACCUCGUCGAAGCUCUAGGCGGAGAAGAGGCCAUGAAGGAACACUCGAUGGACGCCUUCGGCGACGCCGACUUCGAGGACGCCAUCGGCCGACCUGGCUCGCUCACAGGCUCGCGCAUAUUUUCGCUGAAGAGGAAGAACCCGAACAAAGGCGCGAAGGAGGAGCCGGCAAGGGAGAAGACAGAAGAGGGCGAGCGAAAGAAGAUGAAGAAGGCCUUCGGCAAGGACGGGAAACAGAGAAAACUCUACGCAAACCGCUAA